UUUAUUUUUUUUUUAAUGAAAAAUCACCCAAAUUACAGCUUUAGAAAUAUAAGAGCAGAAAAGCAUCAAAAAGAGAAAUUCUUGUUGUUCUUGUUUUCCUCUCUUUUCAGGUUCCUGGUGAAGCUGCAGGAGUUUAACUACCAGCUUAAAGUCAAGGCGAUGUUUGACAAAGAUGUUACAGAAAAGAAAGGGUUUCGAAAGUUCAACAUUUUGGGAACAAAUACCAAAGUUAUGAACAUGGAGGAGUCGAACGGCAGCCUGGCAGCAGAGUUCAGACAUUUACAACUAAAAGAGCAGAAAGUUGCCGGCAACCGAACAAACGAGGGUCCUCUGGUUGUCACCGAGGAGCUUCACUCGCUCAGCUUCGAGUCGGAGCUGCAGCUCAACCAGUCAGGACUCAACAUCAAACUGGAGGCCAUGUCCCUGCCUGUUGUUGUCAUCUCUAACGUCUGUCAGCUGCCCAGCGGCUGGGCCUCCAUCCUCUGGUACAACAUGCUGACCUCCGAGCCCAGGAAUCUGAAGUUCUUCCUCAGCCCUCCGCAGGCCAAGUGGUGUCAGCUGUCCGAGGUCCUCAGCUGGCAGUUCUCCUCCGUCACCAAGCGAGGCCUGAACCAGGAGCAGCUCAACAUGCUGGCUGACAAACUGCUCGGAGCCAAAGCCAAGAGGAACCCAGAGGGACAAAUCCCCUGGACCAAGUUCUGCAAGAGUGCGAACGAGAAAGCGUAUUCCUUCUGGUUGUGGAUCGAAGGAAUCCUGGAUGUGAUUAAAAGACACCUGCUUUCCCUUUGGAAUGACGGCUCCAUCAUGGGCUUCAUCAGUAAGGAGAGGGAGAAGGCUCUGCUCAGUGAUAAGUGUCCCGGGACCUUCCUGCUCAGGUUCAGUGAGAGCAGCAGAGAGGGAGCCAUCACCUUUACCUGGAUCGAAUACGACCUCUGCAACAAGCCGCUCUUUCACUCUGUGGAGCCGUACACGAAGAAGGAGCUGUCAGCCGUCUCUCUGCCCGACAUCAUCCGUACCUACAAAGUGAUGGCUGCCGAGAACAUCCCCGAGAACCCGCUCCGCUUCCUCUACCCCAACAUCCCAAAAGACAAGGCCUUCGGGAAAUACUACCCCAAACCCACAGAGACUCAGGAGCCCAUGGAUGUGGAGAACAAUCCAGAUAAGAGCGGCUACAUGAAGACAGAGCUCAUUUCUGUCUCUGAAGUACAUCCGUCCAGACUGCAGGACAACAUGUUGCCCAUGUCUCCUGAUGACUACAGGGCGUUGUCACAGUUAGUCGGCCCCAGAGACAUUGAUGCUGUGACCAGCAAUCUUCUUGGAUUUGAAGAGCUUGAUGUUCAGAUGAGUGCAGACUUGGAGUGAGACCAAAACUGUCAACUGAGAAGGUUCUUCAUUUCAUCCAAGUCUUCUUUCUGUUCUCUCUUUCAGUGUCUUUGUUUCAUCAGUGGUUGAACUCUGAUGAUCAUUUUAUCUGCUCUUAGAGGUGUGGUAAAGACCCUCACUACUUUUAAGUUAGAUACAGGUCAGUGCAGUAACCAGUCACCUUCUAGACACAUUUGAGUGAUUACAUUCACUCUACUUGGAAGUCAAAGAAUUUAGAUUUUUGCCUGAUAAUUACGAGGCCAAAAAGUAGAAAAGGCUUAAAAAGACAUUCAAAACAAAAACCCUUGAUGCUAAAGAGUACGAUAUUUAUCAGGUCCUGACGGCUUUAUGAUUUUUUUUGUUAAUUAUUCGAGUAGAAAUAAAUACAAUAAAUCUGGUCUGAAUAUGGUUUAAAUCCGGUUGAAACAUUAUUUUGUAAAUAUUUUUAAUAAAUGUGAACUAUAUCUACUCUGUUAGACAGUGAAAUUGAAGAAUGUGAAUCUGUAUGCCUUUUUUGUGACACAGGUAUUAUAAAAAUAUCCUCAUUCAUAGGACACUGUAUUAAAAGUAUGAAUUUAUGUGUUUGAAAAACAAAACACCUUUAAGUUGUGUGUUGAGGUUUCCUGUAGCCCUCUGUCUGAGCUUUUUUUUAAUCUAAAGAACUGUAUGUUUAGCUUUGCUUUUCAAAAGUGAUCUAACACUGCGGGCCGAAGCAAUAAAACUAAAAAAGCCAC